AUGGCACAAGUGAAGAACAAGCAAGUGAUUCUCACAGACUAUGUUACUGGUCUUCCUAAAGAAUCAGACAUGAACGUAGUUGACAACUCCAUAACUCUUAAGAUUCCAGAAGGACUCGGUGCUCUCACACCUGGUUUGCCACUGAGAGGACUUGGAGUGUCUAAAAUUGUAGAAUCUGGAGAUCCAGAUUAUAAGAAAGAUGAUUUAGUUUGGGGUAUGACUAAAUGGGAAGAGUAUAGUUUGAUUCCUGCAGCUCAAAUACUUUUCAAAAUUGAGCAUUUUGAUGUUCCACUUUCUUACUAUACCGGAAUUCUCGGUAUGCCGGGAAUGACUGCUUAUGCUGGUUUCUUUGAAGUAGGCUCUCCCAAGAAAGGAGAGAAUGUUUUUGUUUCUGCUGCCUCUGGUGCUGUUGGUCAGCUUGUUGGCCAAUUCGCUAAGUUGCAUGGUUGCUAUGUAGUUGGAAGUGCUGGAACUAAAGAAAAGGUGGAUCUGUUGAAGAAUAAAUUUGGGUAUGAUGAAGCCUUUAACUACAAAGAAGAACCAGACCUCGAUGCAGCUUUGAAAAGAUACUUUCCUGAAGGCAUUGACAUUUACUUUGAGAAUGUUGGGGGAAAGACACUUGAUGCUGUGCUCCUGAAUAUGAGAGUCCAUGGUCGCAUACCCGUCUGUGGAAUGAUUUCACAGUAUAAUCUUGAUCAACCUGAAGGUGUAACGAAUUUGACACAUAUCAUAUAUAAGAGGAUUCGAAUUGAAGGCUUCGGUGUAUUUGAAUACUAUCACCUUUAUACAAAAUUUUUAGAGUUUGUUUUGCCUCUUAUAAGAGAAGAGAAAAUUGUUUAUGUGGAAGAUAUUGCUGAGGGUCUUGAGAAUGGUCCUGCAGCUUUGGUUGGCCUUUUUAGUGGUCGAAAUGUUGGUAAACAAGUGCUUGUUGUUGCUCAUGAGUGA